AGGGAGUGUAGAAGGAGAAUGGAGAGGCUGACUGUGAUAAAGAAGUUCUGCAAGAGAACUUCAGAGAUUGAGCAGGAAGUAGGGGAGAGUGAGGAGAGAGAGGAAGAACUUCUCAGGGAUCGUCCAUUCUUUUGAAGUUUGCUUCUAAGUAUUGAAAACUAGGCUAUUCGCUCUCUCCAAUCUCCCCCUCACCUGCCUUCCCCUGUAUUCUCCGCUUGUUUUCCUGUGCUUUUGUUUUCUCUUCUUCAACUUUUGUUAGUCCUCCACUGAGCCAGGAAACAAGAGAAGAAAAUGCAAUUCAAUACCCUGAUAACUCGCCCUCCCCACGCCCCUCUCGUCCCAGGCCCAACUCGAAGAUCACUCUCUCUUUUUCCUCGCUGUCAAGUCCCUCCUUUCCCUUCAAAUGUAUUGCUCGCAUCGACGCCGAAAAAUAGUUGCAGUCGGAUAAUAACAGCAUGCAUUAGCCCUGUCGAAGAACUAAUCGUCAGCCAAUCCGAAAUAUCUGGCGAAAAUGAUAAUGCUACCGUUUCAUUUUCCGAAAGCGUUCUGGAUGUGGAGGGAGAGGAAUCGGGGAGUGAAGACAGACAGAAAAUAUGGAAUCAAAUGAAGGAGAUUGUGAAGUUCACGGGACCCGCCACUGCUCUCUGGAUUUGUGGGCCGUUGAUGAGUCUGAUUGACACCGCGGUUAUUGGUCAGGGUAGCUCAAUUGAGCUCGCUGCUUUAGGUCCGGGGACAGUUGUAUGCGAUUAUAUGAGUUAUGUGUUCAUGUUCCUUUCGAUAGCUACUUCGAAUAUGGUUGCUACUUCCCUUGCCAGAAAGGACAAAAAUGAAGUGCAACGUCAACUAUCUAACUUGCUCUUUGUUGCUUUUACUUGUGGUUGCUUGAUGCUUUUGUUUACAAAGUUCUUUGGUACAUGGGCACUGAAAGCUUUUACUGGGCCGAAGAACGCGCAUGUUGUACCCGCUGCAAACACAUAUGUUCAGAUUCGAGGCUUAGCAUGGCCUGCACUUCUCGUUGGAUGGGUUGCUCAGAGUGCAAGUCUUGGCAUGAAAGAUUCCUGGGGACCAUUGAAGGGUUUGAUGGUUACAAGUACUAUAAAUAUCGUUGGUCAUGUAGUCCUGUGUAGCUUCUUAGGCUAUGGUAUUGCUGGUGCAGCAUGGGCUACUGCAGUCUCACAGGUGAUUGCAGGUUAUAUGAUGAUUGAAGCUCUGAACAAGAAAGGAUACAAUGCAUUUACCAUCUCUAUUCCGUCAUCCCAUGAACUUCUAUCUGUACUUGCGCUUGCUGCUCCAGUGUUUAUAACAAAGAUAUCAAAGGUGGCUUUCUAUUCCCUCCUUACAUACUUUGCUACAGCUAUGGGCACACACAACAUGGCUGCCCACCAGGUCAUGAUUCAAACAUACUGCAUGUGUACCGUAUGGGGUGAACCUCUCUCUCAGACUGCACAGUCAUUUAUGCCAGAGUCAAUAUAUGGAGUUCAUCGAAAUUUAGGAAAGGCUCGAAUGCUGCUAAAGUCACUUGUUAUCAUCGGAGUAACACUUGGUUUGCUGGUAGGGGUUGUUGGAACAUCUGUUCCUUGGUUGUUCCCCAAAAUCUUCACACAUGAUCAGAAUAUCAUACAGGAGAUGCACAAAGUUCUGGUUCCAUUCUGUCUUGCAUUAGCCAUCACACCCUCAACUCAAAGCCUUGAGGGAACAUUGCUGGCCGGACGGGAUCUUAAAUUUAUUAGCUUGUCAAUGAGCGGAUGCUUCUCCGUGGGUGCACUUCUCCUGCUGCUUGUAAGCAGUAGAGGAUAUGGCCUGCCUGGCAUUUGGUUCGGACUAGUGGGAUUUCAAUGGGCUCGUUUUUUCCUCUCUCUUCGGCGUGUUCUUUCUCCAAAUGGUGUACUUUACUCUCAAGAUUCGAGUCCAUAUAAUUUGGAAAAGCUUAAGGCUGCCUAGCUUUGGAAUCCACAUGGACGUACUGAAAAGUCAAAUUGUGAAGAAUCAAUUCGUGGUUCUAGCCUACAGCAAUUGGGAAUCAUUCUUCUUGUGGUUGAAGAUUAAUUUAUCAUUCUUUGCCUCCUUGAGGCUAAAAUAAGAAGCAACUGAAGCAGUCAUGUUAAUUUCACAAUGGCCACAGGUUGCUUCCGACUUGUCGUUUUGUUAGGUAUCUGAUAAUAAAGAAUUCAGUUCGGCGUGAA